CUCCAGCUGUUCUCUACAUAGAGUUUGCAAAAUAGAAGUUUUCGAGGCGCGUGCUCUGAAUUCCUAGAUUUAUUUUGAAGUAAUUCCGUAAAGUUUGUUUGAUAACUAAAUUACUGAAAUACCAACCGAUCGUCCAAAACGGACUGCUGUUUCUAAAAUGCCAAAAAACAUUCAAAAGGAGUUAGCGAAAUGCAAGCAUCCACAAAGCCGUAAAACAUUGGCGCUUGCCAGGAAAAUGAAAAAGAUAAAUAAUCGUGAAAAGAAAAAGAUGGGUCACGCUGUCAAAGCGAACAUCGUGGGUAAAAAGUUGGGCUGGUUUGCCGAACAGCUGGAAGAUCGUACCGGACCGUUGACCAGCAGUGAAUUCGAACAGAUGAUCGAGAGAUACCUUUCACGAUUCGACGAAGAGCUAGAGCAAAUCAAGUUGGUGCAAUCGAUCAAUAAACAACGCAACAAUCAACAUGCGUCCCGCGAGGCAUCCAUCAAAAUGACCCUGGAGAAAGAGCAGGAAAACUUUAACGGCGGGGGUCUGGAGCUGCCGGAUCUUUGCGAUGCCAUGGAAUUCAAGAAGUUCCAGCAGUGGGACGGAAAUGCACAGUCGAUACAACAUUUGAAGAUGCACUUUAUUUCACGGAAACGUCUUCAAACAAAUAAUAAGAUAGUUGAUUCGAGUACGAACGAAAAUAUGACAACGGAUUAAAAGUUAAAUGUAUAUUAAAGUAA